CAUUUCCAUGACGUAGCAGAAACUAAUGAACAUCGCGGAGUUGAGUGGCAGCUGCGAGCGGUAAUGGAUAACUGUACUGGUCAUUCACACUUUUUAUUGAGCGCUUUCUUGUUGACAUGUUUAUUUGGGCUAUCGCUCGGGACGGAGCUGAGCUUUGUGACUUGCGGCUCGGUUGUAAAGCUGUUAAAUGUAAAGCACAAUGUCAGACUGCACUCUCACGACGUGCGCUACGGCUCCGGCAGCGGACAGCAGUCAGUAACAGGCGUGACCACGGUGGAGGACAGUAACAGCUACUGGAGUGUACGGGGCACCAACGGGGCCCAGUGUCACCGGGGGACUCCUAUUAAGUGUGGUCAGACCAUCCGCCUCACACAUGUCAACACUGGACGCAACCUGCACAGCCACUACUUCUCUUCUCCGCUUUCCUCCAACCAGGAGGUGAGUGCGUUUGGUGAGGAGGGCGAGGGGGACCACCUGGAUGAGUGGACGGUGCAGUGUGGAGGGGCGGUGUGGCAGCGCGAGGAGGCUGUCCGCUUCCAGCACGCCUCCACCGAUGCGUUGCUAUCGAUUACGGGGGAGCAGUACGGCCGGCCCAUCCACGGGCAGAGGGAAGUACACGCCAUGAUGGGCCCCAGCCAGCACAGCCUGUGGAGGGCCAUGGAGGGGGUUUAUAUGAAGCCCAGUGAAAGCCCACUAGGGAACAAGGACUACAGCCACCCUCUACACACAGAGUUCUGAUUCAAUCGGACUACAGCCAUCCUCUACACACAGACUGACUACAGCCAUCCUCUCCACACAGACUGACUACAGCCAUCCUCUACACACAGACUGACUACAGCCACCCUCUACGCACAGACUGACUACAGCCACCCUCUACGCACAGACUGACUACAGCCAUCCUCUACGCACAGACUGACUACAGCCAUCCUCUACGCACAGACUGACUACAGCCACCCUCUACGCACAGACUGACUACAGCCACCCUCUACGCACAGACUGACUACAGCCACCCUCUACGCACAGACUGACUACAGCCACCCUCUACGCACAGACUGACUACAGCCACCCUCUACGCACAGACUGACUACAGCCACCCUCUACGCACAGACUGACUACAGCCACCCUCUACGCACAGACUGACUACAGCCACCCUCUACGCACAGACUGACUACAGCCACCCUCUACGCACAGACUGACUACAGCCACUGCACAGACUGACUACAGCCACCCUCUACGCACAGACUGACUACAGCCACCCUCUACGCACAGACUGACUACAGCCACCCUCUACGCACAGACUGACUACAGC